AUGGGCCAAGACAGAAAAACCAAAUUUCAAAGUAGAGAACCAGGUAGAAUUCUUAGAUACUCCAUACUCGAUCGAAGAAUUGAACAAAGCAAUCCUUUCGGCAAAACUACGAUCAGCUCCGGGGCUAGAUGUUGGUGGUUAGAGAGGAAUCAGCUCAUAGCGAAAUCGCAAUAUGGAUUUAGAAAGCAGAAAUCAUGCGUGGACAAUCUCGCCAUCCUACGAGCCAAAAUAGACAACGAGUUUGUUCGAAAAAAUCAUUUAGUUAGUGUCUUUUUGGACGUAAAAGGAGCUUAUGACAAUGUGCUAGCGGACAUCCUUAUCAACCGACUAAAAGAUCUAAAAAUUCCAGUAAACUUAUUAAACUUCAUCUACAACCUAGUAUGCGAGAGAAAUCUCCACUGUAGAAUAAGUGGAGCAGACGCAAUCUAUACGACUUUUAAAGGAUUACCUCAAGGGAGUUCGCUAAGCCCUCUUCUUUACAACAUUUAUACAAAAAGAAUAGAGAACGAGGUACUAGAAGAGUGCGGAAUCCUACAAUUCGCAGACGACAUAGCACUAUUCUCAGGCAGAAAUCCAAUACAACAGAGUCUUGACAUCGUAGAACGAUCUGUCGAAAAUAUAAAUAAAUUCCUCAGUCAAAGCGGCCUAGAGUUCUCAAUGAAAAUCAACAACGUCAGAAUUAAACCUCAAAGUCAAGUUAAAUUUCUGGGAGUGAUCUUCGAACACAACCUUAAAUGGAAAAAGCACAUCGACAAAGUAGUCCAAUCUUGCCACAACAGCUUAAAGAUCAUGAACUGUUUACGACAUACGUGGUGGGGCGCUGACCCAAUCAUAUUGAUGAAUCUUUAUAAAACACUGAUUCGGUCGAGAAUCGAAUAUGCAACAUUCAUAGUAGAACCGAGUGACCAAAAUUUAUUGUCUAAAUUAGACCGUAUUCAAUUCAAAGCCAUCAGAUCAGCCUUAGGGUUCAGAACUUCGACACCAACAAAUAUUCUACUUGCCGAACCAAGAGAACCGCCGCUGAGACUAAGAAAAAAAUACCUGUGUCAAAAAUUUCUGACGAAAGUACUAUCCUUUUCAGGCCAUCCGUUGAUUGAUAUAGUCAGGGAAACCUCGGAAAGUUUCAAUCAUCCUCUCCUGGUAACAAGCCUAGCAAAGCCCUUAAUGGUGAAGUGCUUCGAGGAGAUAGAACCAUUUUCUCACAUAGUCGCUUCAUUUGAAUUCCCUCAUCUUUGUAACACAGAAUUUCUUAUUACCAUGUACCGGCCGGUGAUUUCCUUUAAAGAAGGCCUCAUAGUGCAAAGCUCCCCAUCACCCCAAUCAGAAUUUUUGGCUAUCUUCAAUGAGGAAGUUAGCAGGGAAAAAAUCGAAAUGUUUUUCACGGACGGUUCUAAAAUGGGCGAGGAACAAUUUGUGGGAUUCGCAACGUUCAGAACCAACACCUCUACACUCACUAAACGUAGAUCAGAUUCGAAAACUAGUAUAUUUUCAGCAGAAGCUAUGGCUAUAGUAGAAACUCUCCAAAUAAUUCAAAAGCUAAACAUCCCAAAAGCUUAUAUCUUCUCAGAUUCUAGUAGCGUGCUAAAGUCGUGUGAUUCGCAUCACGUGGAUACGAAAACGUCGUACCUGAUUUUAAAAAUUAAGGAACUUGCUUACAGACUCGCAGAAAAUAACAAAAUGGUAAAAUUCUUCUGGAUACCAGCCCACGUUGGUGUGCGAUAUAAUGAAAUCGUAGACAAAGGAGCCAAGAAUGCUAUCAGAGAUGGGAUAUACUGCCAGCUUCUGGAUACGGCAGACCACGUUUUCUGGCAAUGUCCAAUGUAUAUAGAGCCACGGAAAAAACUGGUAUCGACUUUGACCAAAUGUAAAAUGCGGGUACCAUAUUCGAUUGCUGCGGUAAUGGCAUCGAAAUCCAAGAAAGCCAUCCGAGCUUUAGCUGUUUUUGUGAAUAAGAUAGAUUUAAGAAUCUAA